AUGACCGAUAGAAACUACAAGAUCUCAUCGGACAAUAACGAAGAGGGAGGAUCUGCAUCGAAGCGUCAAAGAAUUGAAGCAGAGAAUAAUCAGAAUGCAGAGAACAGUGCAAAUAAUUCAUCCGAUUCUACUAUCCGAUGCGUUUACAAUAUGUGUCAAGAAGUGCUGGAAAAUCAGAAAAAUAUGGUCGAAAAACUUCGGUUGACAGAUGAGAAACUGGAAUCGAUUCAACUGCAACUGAAGUCCGAUACAGUCGAUGAAACAACUGCAAUCUCAUCGAAGACUCUUGACAACAAAGAUUCAGUGAAAGCGACGACGUCCAGUGAUUCUUCCCAAAAAACGAUUCCAAGUGAAAUUAUGCCAAUGACUGGAAAAUACUUUGUGUUGAAGCAUGUUUUUAAACAUGUUUCAGAAAUGAAAGAAAAUGAGAAGCAUUGGUCAGAAGUAGAAGAGCACUUUGGAGUUGGAUGGAGAAUGCUUGUGCACCGAAAGAAGGAACAUCUUCAGUUUUAUUUGAACUGUUCGAAACCAACGGGCACUGAUAAUUGGACAAUCAAAACUCGGCAAAAGGAUGUAUUCAUUUCGAAUCGAGUGGACAACAUAGUGGAAAAGGGCAAAAGAAUAUUUGACAACAAGUUUCCCACGUGGGGAUUUCGUGAAUUUAUCGAAUGGGAUGUGUUGGAAAAAGACUUUCUUGUGGAUGGUCAAUUGACUGCUGAAAUUCACGUGAAAAUCGAGGAAACAACUGGAAAUUACAGAGAUAACCUGCGAAGCUUCGACGAGACAAUGGAAGAAUUUUCUGAUGUUGUAUUAGUUGUCAACGAAGAGAAAUUCUACAUUUCAAAGUUGUAUUUGGCUGCUCACUCUCCAUAUUUCAAGGCCUUGUUUCUGGGAAAUUUCAAUGAUUCGAAGAAAUCGGAAAUCAAAUUAACUGGAAUCGAUGAUGAUGACUUCCAGAAAUAUCUCGAAGUUCUUUAUGGAGAAAGUGCAAUUGACGAAUUCACAGUAGAAGGUAUUCUUAUGGUGGCUGACAUGUACGAUACUCCAUUAGUCAUUCGCAAAUGCGAGCAGUUUAUACUCAAGGAAUCAAAGAAAUCAUUGAAGAAAAAGCUGCAAAUGGCCAUGAAAUACCAUCUGGACGCAUUGAAUAAACAAUGCCGCAAGGAGAUCAAAUCGAUCGAUGACAUCAAAUCAGUUCUCCCAGGAGAUAUUCGUGAUUUGGAUCCAUCAAUUAUGGCGGAGUUUUUGGAAAUUGCACUCUCUAUUCAAUAA